AUCUCAAAGCUUCCUUAUCUACAAGCAGUGGUGAAGGAAACUUUACGCUUGCAUCCACCUGCCCCAAUGUUAGUGCCACACAAGUCAGAAGCUGAUGUUGAACUAUGUGACUUCAUGGUACCUAAAAGUUCCCAAAUUCUGGUUAAUGUAUGGGCCAUGGGUAGAGAUUCAAGUAUUUGGACAAACCCAGAUGAAUUCAGACCUGAAAGAUUCUUGGAAAGUGACCUUGAUUUUAAGGGUCAAGAUUUUGAACUAAUACCCUUUGGAGCAGGAAGAAGGAUCUGUCCUGGAUUGCCAUUGGCUUCCAGAACUGUGCAUAUUGUAUUGGCCUCUCUUCUAUGCAAGUAUAAUUGGAAGCUCAAACAUGGACAAAAUCCACAAGACAUGGAUAUAUCUGAGAAAUAUGGGAUUACCUUGCAUAAGGCACAACCUCUCCUAGUCAUUCCAAUCCAAGCAUAAUACCUAGUAAGAUUAUAUGUGUAGUGAAAAUACUCUUGAAACCCUUUAUUCAGCACGCAGAUGGAUUAAAAUAAGUGAAUGAGUAGUAAAACCUUGUCACUUUUAUCCCUUUUACUUUUGCCUAACUUGGUUAUACUAAAAUUUUUUAAAUUCUAGGAUGACCUCUUCUUUUACCUUAUUUCCCUUAUAGUUAUGUGUCCUCUUGUUCAUCUUA